AUGAUAGAUGGCACUAUAAUAGUCAAAUCUGUAGCUAUGGUAAUUAUGUUCCUCAUAAUUGUUAUUAUGGGAAAUUUACCUCUAAGGGUAAAAUCAUUUAGGGAAAAUAAAAAGAUUCUUUCAAUUUUUUCAGCAUUUUCUGGAGGUUUGUUCAUAUCAAUAGGCCUGAUUCAUAUCCUUCCUGAAGCAGGAGAAGAUUUUGAAAAAUAUUACAACUCAGUAGAACAUUUCCCAUUUUAAAUGUUUAUAGCUGUUAUUAGUAUUUCAUUUUUACUUUUUAUUGAGAAAAUAAUUGGAGAAUAAUUUACACAUCAUCAUCACCACUAAUACAAUAAUUCAAAUGAUUUAGAGAGCUAAUAACAAGACUAACAAAUUAAUGAAAAUUGUCUUCUUCCUUUUGAAAUAGAAGAUGAUACAAUCAUAUCAAAAUAAAGCCAAAUUAAACAAGUUUUUGAAGAAAUAGAUAUUUCGUUAAGUAAUUAAGAAGAUAAUAAUAAAUCGAAUAUUAUUACACCUUUUGUUCUCUAAAUAGCUUUAGGUAUUCAUGCUACUUUAGAGGGAUUAGCAAUAGGUGUAGAAUAAGAUUUCUCAAAGUGUUUAACUAUCACCCUUGCUAUUUUGGUCCAUAAAUGGGCUGAAGGCUUGGUCUUAGGAUUAGCUUUGAAAUAAUCUAAAAUGAAUAUAAAUAGAGCUACAAUAAUGGUUAUUAUUCAAUCUACAAUGAAUCCUUUAGGAAUAUGCAUAGGGUGGGGACUUAGUGGAAAUGGAUAUCUAAUAAAUGGUAUUCUUAUGAGUAUCAGUGCUGGAACAUUCAUUUACAUAGCUACCUAAGAAAUUAUAGCAUAAGAAUUUAAUAAAAACAGAUACUAAGUAUGUAAAUUCUUUUUCUUUUUAAUUGGAGUUGGGUUUAUUAGUUCCUUAUAUUUUAUUGAAUAAGCUACUAAUAGCUGA